AUGCAGCAAAUAAUUAGCACCAUGGAGCCUCAGGUAUCAAACGGCCCUACAUCCAACACGACCAACGGACCGUCCAGCAAUAGUCGAAACUGCCCUUCGCCCAUGCAGACCGGGGCCACCACGGACGACAGCAAGACCAACCUCAUCGUCAACUACCUGCCCCAGAACAUGACCCAGGAGGAGUUCCGGAGCCUCUUCGGCAGCAUCGGGGAGAUUGAGUCCUGCAAGCUUGUGCGUGACAAGAUCACAGGACAGAGUUUAGGGUAUGGAUUUGUCAACUAUAUUGACCCGAAGGAUGCAGAGAAAGCCAUUAACACUUUAAAUGGACUCCGACUCCAGACGAAAACCAUUAAGGUCUCCUACGCCCGUCCGAGCUCAGCAUCCAUCCGGGAUGCAAACUUGUACGUCAGCGGCCUCCCAAAAACCAUGACCCAGAAAGAACUGGAGCAGCUCUUCUCGCAGUAUGGACGCAUCAUCACCUCCCGCAUCCUGGUGGAUCAAGUCACAGGUGUUUCUCGAGGUGUGGGAUUCAUCCGCUUCGACAAGAGAAUAGAAGCAGAAGAAGCCAUCAAAGGUUUGAAUGGCCAGAAGCCCAGCGGUGCUACGGAACCCAUUACUGUGAAGUUCGCCAACAACCCCAGCCAGAAGACGAGCCAGGCCCUGCUCUCACAGCUGUACCAGUCGCCCAACAGACGCUACCCGGGGCCUCUGCACCACCAGGCACAGAGAUUCAGGCUGGACAAUUUGCUUAAUAUGGCCUAUGGCGUAAAGAGGUUCUCCCCCAUCACAAUCGACGGGAUGACGAGCCUGGUUGGAAUGAACAUCCCGGGGCACACCGGGACUGGCUGGUGCAUCUUCGUCUACAACCUGUCCCCCGACUCCGACGAGAGCGUCCUCUGGCAGCUCUUCGGCCCGUUUGGGGCCGUGAACAACGUCAAAGUCAUCCGUGACUUCAACACCAACAAAUGCAAGGGGUUCGGUUUUGUCACCAUGACCAAUUACGAUGAGGCCGCCAUGGCGAUCGCCAGCCUUAACGGAUACCGCCUGGGAGAUCGAGUGUUGCAAGUUUCCUUCAAAACCAACAAAACCCACAAAUCCUGA